AUGGCUGCCCAAUUCGCAGUCCAGCCUGCAAACCGGUUCAGUGGCCAGAGCCAGCCCGUGAAACGGCCAAAGGAAUUCACGUGCUUCUCGUACGACGACAACCAUGAGCUCCAUCUGGACGAUCGGUCGCUGCGCUGGUACUAUCCGCCGUUGCUCAAUGCAGACCUGUCGCGCGGCUUUGACCAGUUUGACAAGCACGACGACUCGGCCGACGAGCACCUGGACAGCCUGCUCAAGGCGAUCGCUGCGCACGAGCAGAAGACCGGCGUCAAGACUGACGCACAGGUCGUGACGUGGCGCGGCAUGAUGACCAAGAUCAUGGCAGCACCGUUUGAUGACCGAGACGGGUUCGAGAUGAACGCGACCCUGUAUCAGGGCUGCAUAUUCAUCGAAGAGAACCAUGCCUAUAAGGCGGCAUCACGACGAGAGCAAGAAGCGCGCCAGAAUAGGCGGCCACCACGAGCGAAUCCGAACCAGCCGUGGUUCCCGCCCGACGUCAUGUCCUUUUGGGGCUACAAAUUCGAGACCCUGGCCACGAUUCCUACUCCCUGGGGCGAGACUAGCCGUGACUAUAUCGAGAGCCGCGAUGAUCUCCGCGUCAGCAACAAGGCCGAGUACUGCUCUGUCGUGCGCACCGGCGUCGGCUCGACCGUCUUGUGUCUUGGAGGCGAGGUGGAUGCGGUCUGGGACUCCAAGCCGGAAAAGGACGGCGCGCCCAUCCGCUGGGUCGAGCUCAAGACCAGCCAGGACAUCCUCACCGACCGCGACAUGAAGGCCUUUGAGCGCAAGCUGCUCAAGUUCUGGAUCCAGUCCUUCCUGCUCGGCGUGCCCAAGAUCGUCGUCGGCUUCCGCGACCGCGCCGGCCGUCUGCGCCGGCUCGAGGAGAUCGAGACCACCACCAUCCCCGACACCAUCCGCGCCCGUGGCCACGCCGCCUGGGACGGCAACACCUGCAUCAACUUUGCCGCCGCCUUUCUGGCCUGGCUGCCCACCGCCAUGUGCACCGGUGAUGGCGACGGCGACGGUGUCUGGCGCAUCCGCCGACGGCCUGGCGCUCCGAGAAUUGAGGUCUUCCGCGUCGAGGAGACCGGCCACGGCCGUAUCCUGCCCGACGACUUUCUCAACUGGCGCAUCAAGCUGGCACUCAGUGGCACCGGCACUGCCUGA